AUGCACAACACCAAGCCUGAAGCUUCACCAUCACUGACCGAUGGAGUCGCAGGGAACACUCUUCCAGCAGCCCUCGUUGCAGUUCAGUACACAGCCUCCAGUAUCCAAGAAGUAAUGCCUAUCCUCGACACUGCACCAACAGCCCAGCAGGGCAUUCAUCUGAUGGCAGAGACGGCAGCAGCAUUCACGAACGCCCACACACUCCAGCGUGCAUACCAGCCACACCAUGCAUGGUUGCCGAUGCCGCCCAUACAACCUGCUAUGACUCACUGGAUUCAUCCACACUUCUACGGUUAUUACCCAUCGGGUCGUUCAUUCCCUUCCAUCUUUGGUGAUGCGCUGGCGAGCGCCCUUGGUGGACAUGGCUUCUCUUGGAGUGCAAACCCGGCACAGACGGAAUUGGAAAUGGUUGUCCUUGAUUGGUUUGCUAAGGCUUUAGGACUACCAAACGAGUUUCUUCACUCAACCAAGAAGAAGAUGGGUGGAGGCUGUUUCCAGCCGUCCGAGAGCGACGCCAUCCUUGUUGCAAUGAUGGCGGCGAGGCACGCUGCCACGCAGUUCUUGCGUGAGGACAGACUGGAUCGUAGCCUAAGCAGCGUCAGGAAGAACCGGCACGCCGACGACCUGGACGUCGACUGCGCUGCAUUACAGAAGAUUAUCGCCUAUACCUCCAGAGAGGCGCACACCUGCGUCGAGAAGGCCGCCAAGAUCUGCCUCAUCCAACUGCGCGUGCUACCGACCGACAAUGAACACCGUCUGCGGGGGGACGCUCUCCGCAAGGGUAAAGCGAAAAAGGGCUGCGUGACGCGCGAUUUGUUGAGGAACGGGUUUCGACAGGCGAUGGAACAAGACGAACACAACGGGCUGAUGCCGUGUUUCGUGUGCGCGACGCUGGGCACGCAGACCACGUGCGCAUUCGACAACCUGCACGAGAUCGCGAUGGAGUGCCGGCGCAAGACCGCCGUCUGGCUGCACGUGGACGCCACGUACGCGGGCAACGCGCUUAUCUGCCCCGAGAUGCGCCACUUGGCCGACGGCCUGGACCGCGCCAACUCGAUCAACGUGAGCGCGGACAAGUGGCUGCCGGUCAACUUCGACUGCGCGUGCCUGUGGGUGCGCGACUACUUCCAGCUGGUCGAGGCGUUCUCGACGCACCCGCUGCAGACGCAGCAGGAGCGCGACAACCGGGUCCUCGACUUCCGCCACUGGGGGCUGCCCCGCGAGCGCCGCUUCCGCGCCCUCAAGCUCUGGUUCACCUUCCGCAAGUUCGGCAUAGCCGCCCUCCAGGACCGCAUACGCAACCACUGCUCACUCGCCAAACAAUUCGAGGACUUGCUGCGUGGGGACGGGCGCUUCAGGGUCAUGGACAGUGCCAAGCUGCAACAGUAUGGCUCAUUUAUGCAGCAGCAACUUUUACCUUCAUUUUGA